GUGAUUAGAAGUGCUUUGAAACAGUGUCUCACGGAGGUAUCUGGCUUGAUAGAUGAGUAUAUAGAGAGUGGUGGAAAGAGAGAUUUUGCAGAAAUCAUAAAGUAUGGUCUCAAUGAAGAAGGAAACAAGCAAGUCCAGUAUGUAUCAUCAGAUGGCAAAGCAGUUUUGACAGAACAGAUCAUCUACAAACUGGUGAAUUUGUUCACAUCCACCGAGCUCAUCAAUUUGGAUCCUGUAUCUGGAGUGUGGUUUGUUUUUUUGUUGAAAGAUCCUGUUCUCGAAGAAGAUGCCAAACAAGAAGUUGAGGAGGGAGAAUCUACUUGUCGAGAACGUUGCAGCGACGGAGAAAGAAAAGGAAGCGGUUGCAGUGGGGAAAGUUUCCAAUGUUCCGUCAUAUAAUCAGCAUUAUCAUGUGAAACAGGUCUCGGAACGUGUGGAAUGGGAUCGUGCAGUGCUGGGUAAAACUGCUUGUAAAUUCAUCAUGGAACAUUUUGAACGUUGCAAAUUGGGACAAUAUGUCGAUAAGAUAGAUUCUGAUAGAGAAGGUGUUAAUGUUUAUGUAGAUUUGAAAGCUGAACAUCGGAAAAGUGGCAAUGCGUUUGUUGUCGAUGUUAAUUAUUUUAGAAAAAAAUCUUUGAAGGGGGGUGUUCCAAAUGUUUUUGUA